AUGGACAGACAACUUAAAUCACCAUUACUGAUCGAAACUAUCGGUCAACCACUGAAACUCUCAUCGGAAGUAACAUUUAAACAUUUACAAAACUUCCUGGAACCACUAGGACCUUCACCUGCUCGAACCCAAUUAGAGAGGUUGACAGACGCUUUAGGAGUCGAGAUAGGAAAGAUACUACCUGCAGAAGGUGAACGUAGGGAAUUAGAAAGGAAAGAAGUCAGAAUAGCCGCGAAAUCUGAAAGAAGAAGAUUAAGAGCUGAAGCUGAAGAACAAGCAAAUCAAGAUCAGUUGGAAAAUCAAAUUGAAAACGAUUUACAAUAUCAAGAUGGAGUAGAAGGAGAAGGAGAGUUGGAAAAUGGUGCUGUGGAACUAGAUGACGAGGAGAAAAUGGACGACAGAGGUGAUAUAGAAUAUGGCGAUAAUGUCGAAGACGAGAAUGAUGACGAACCAGAUGAUCAUGAGGACCAGAAGAUGGAAGACAACAGCGAAUAG